CGAUGGCGAUCGCUCGCGCUCAUCUCGUUUCACUCGCCCCGCAUCGCUCGGGAGCUCGGAGGGGCUCGCCGCGGUCGUGGGGUGAGUCCGGCGUGCUAGGGGCGCGGCGUGUCAAAACGCCCCGCAUGAGGGGGCUCACACUCGCAUCGUUGGAGGAGUCGACGGUCGGGUACCCCGUGUUCGAGAAGAUGGUGGGCAAGUGGGACGACAGCGUACGAUACGUUCACGAGAACAUGCAGGAGACGCCGAGGAUCCAGCUCAGCGGUACCAGAGAGGUCAAGAUCACCCCGCAGGGCACCGUCAAGCUCCGCUCGUCCACUACCUUCCCCAACGGCAAGGUUCUCGAACUCUCCUUCGUCGGCGAGAGGGUCGAGGAGGCGUUCGGGCUCCACGACGUCGUCAGGUUCGAGCGGGUGGCAAACGAGGGCGAGGACGAGAAGCCGAAGGGGUAUUACCCCAUCGUCAUACUCGCCUCCGAGCACCCGGCGCUGGACGACCAGAAGUCCUGGGACCACGUCGUGGUCCGCGAGGUGAUGGCAGACACCGGUCGGGUCUUACUGAGCGAGACCAUCACGCUCAUACCCGCCUCGACGAUCGGGUCGGAUGGGGACCUCGUCCAGACGCCGUUUCUCGAGGCGACGCACGUCGCGCAGGAGGUGAAGGAGGACGGCAGCCUGGGGGGCGUCCAGCUGUGGAGGUCCACCAGAACGCCGGACAUCCAGGAGGAGGUGGCGGCGAUGCGGAUGAAGGACCAGGAGACGUGGACGGCCAUGAACGUGGACAGCACCGCGUACAGGGCGUCGCCGGCUAAGGCGUCGAGCUCGAGGCCCACUCGGCUCGGCGCCGGCAUCGGGAAGAAGGGCGGCGCGCCCAGUAGAACGGGGACGGGCGGCGGACCGGGGGGGAACAACAACGCCGUGCCGACCCAGGCAGGCAAACCCCUCAGUGGGGGCAAGGGGGCGACCGUCAUACGACUCGACUUGGAGGAGGACGACGCGGUAUUGGAGGGAUAGGAGCGAGCCAUAGGCUUUAACCCGACAGUAAAUUUAUGUUUUUUAGACGC